UGGCAUCAAAAGUAUCAGUUGAUUGAUAUCGAUUGAGACUAGAAAUCGGACUAGAAUCUAUAAUUCAAUAAUGUCGCAAGCAGCCAUUGCCAACAGCAGCGCGAACUACAAGCUGCCGGAUCUUAGCUAUACGCCCGGAGAUCUCACCGAACCGGAAUAUCGUUUGCCCUCACACCAGCAGCUGCUGGACGCGAAGCUCAAGCCGCCAAAUGUGCUUGAACGGGAACUACCCUUAAGUCGUCUCUAUUUGGACGAAGAGUCGGACAGAUUUGAUCGCGCCGGACCGAAGGAGGCAAGCAGACAAUUUCCGGCUCUAGCUGCCGCCCAGGCCAAAUACGCGGGUCAGCUGAACCAGAGCUCGAAUCUAAGUCCGUCCGAGUUGGACUUCUCGCCCGGCAAGGAUCUAAUCUCAAGCAGACCAGUGACUGCUUUCACUCCCGCUCUACCGGAAACAGACUUGAGCCGUAAAAUGCCAUUGCACUCGAUUACCGAGAAGCCCAAUGAACGCUGUCCGUCGCCCGUGGUGCCAGCCUAUGCGAACUUCGAGCUGGCCAAGCGAAUGCACCAGGAUAAUCUCGAUCAUCAGCCGUUGCCCGACUGCGUCGCAGACUUGGCGUUUCGCAAGGCACAGAUUAGCGGAGGUCAUGGCGGCCUAGCCCUGGACAUCGAUCCCAUUGCAACGGGCGUUGGUGUGAAGACCCACAAUGCCGGACCGACGCACUGCACCAAGAUGAAAGUCUAUCGACCGAAGACAGGUGGCGUUCUACCCAGAGCCUUGAACGGAGAUCCAUUUCGUGGAGUUGGCUCGGCGCCAUCGAAAAAAAUGGGCGCCAUGGACCUGGCCAUUGGCUGGGACUUUAAGCCAGCGAAUCCGGCGGACGAGCCACGCCUGGCACGGCAUAUAGAUGGCUCCAACGAUUCCGCCGGACCGGCUGUGUUUACGUGCGUUAAAACGCCUAGAGAUGAGCAGUCCAACAUGGAGCUGGGUCGCUCUGCGGGUGUAUUUACGAGCACCAUGGGUGAACCGGACUUCUUUGACAAGGACAUACUUCGGCGUAAGUCCGACUUUGCCGGCCGCGCAAUCGCACGGGAGGAGAGCUGCGGCUGCGACUAUGCACGGCCAGCUCGUGCGCGCAGCGUCUCGCGUGAGUCCAGCGCUUCGCACUGUCGCCGAGUUCCAAACCUACUCGACUCCAGCGGACACUCUGGCGGCGUUAGCUUCGGACUACCAACGAACCGUCUAGCCAAGCAGUACCAGUCCUCGCCCAUGCUGGGCGACAAAGCCUAUCAAGCGCUGCGCGAAAAGUAUCUCGGGCCGGACAACAGCGAUUGCCAUACGGGCUGUCCACAGAUCGCCGGUCCGGCUUGCAGGCGGGAUCAGCCGGCGCGUCGGCCGACACGUCGUCUGUGCCACAAAGUGGCGCCGGCGCCCAGAUGCUGUCCCUCGGCUCAUGGCCACUGUCUGUCGAGCAAAGCGGCCUUUCGUGCCGGCAUGCCCAAGCUAAAUGCUUCUGGCGAUUUCGUGGGCAUCCCGUCGGGCUGUGCUGCUGCCUCGGGAGCAGCUGGACGUGUUCUGGUCGUGCCACGCCCCCGACAGCCCUAUGCGAAAAAGAACUAUGAUAUUGAUACGCUGGUGCCUCCGUUUCGCAGUCAAGGCGGCGGCGCUGGACAAGGCGGCUACCCGGAGCACUGGAGGCUUGCCAGCGUCUACCAGCACGCCUACAAGCCGCCCGAGCAACGAAGAAGGCCUCUGCUGCAGACUGUGUACAAGUAGAUCAGCAUUCAAUCCCCAGCUUGUUAAAAGGACCUCAAAACGAUAUAUGAUUAGGCUGGAGUGGGGAGC